GUUUGUUUUGAUUGUGACCACUAUCUUUUUUGUCGUGGACGAAGCCAUACUAGCUGAAUACCCAACACUCAGUCUACUGAAACAUGUGUAAACUGCAGUCGUUUCGUGUGUUUUUAAAUGAGCGUUUAACCGCGGCUGCUGUGGAGAUUUUCGGGGCAGUUGAAGAAACGGUAGCGGAGUACCACGAGGAGAAUGAUCGACUACGGAGGUUGCUGCGGAUCACACCGGAGAUCAAACUAUGUAGAAUAGACUCCCUGCAGCUCUCUCUCGUUGUCUCUGAAGAGGAGGUUCUCCCUGAGCAGCAGGAGUGGAGCCCCAGUCUGGGGCAGGAGAACCCAGAGCUUCCACAGAUUAAAGAGGAACAGGAGGAACUCAGGACCACUCAGGAGGAAGAGCAGCUUCAAGGGCUGGAGGCUGAUAUCAAAUUCACUCCUUCCUGUAUGAAAAGUGAAUGUGAUCAGGAGGACCCACUUCAGCCCUUGACUCUUCCCCAAACCCAGACUGUGGAGAACAGAGAGAGGGACCCUAAACAAGUGGAUCUCACACCUUUUGUUACUGUGACCCACCUGAAGGGUCUCUACAUUCCCUGUGACCCUCCAGGUAAUCAAAACAAUGCCUCCAGCCAAAGCUCAGCCGUAAUCAUAAACCCAGUAGUACUUGACAGCAGCCCACCAUUGGAUCCAAAACCAUCAAUGGAGGAACACUGUUCCAAACCCAGCACCACGUCUAGAAAACCUCACCGCUGCCGUGACUGUGGCGAAAUGUUCACUCUGAAAGCUGACCUGCAGAGGCAUGUGACUCUCUACAAGAAGAGACUCUGUGAAUGCCGCUUCUGCAGAAAAAGCUGCAACUCCACCUGUAAACUAAAGGCCCAUGUCCGCCUCUGUCACAGUGGGAAAACCUGCACCUGCCCUGUUUGUGGCAAGACCUUCAAACUCAAAGGAUAUCUAUCCAAGCACAUGAGGAUUCACACAGGAGUGGGAGAGAAACCAUUUAGCUGUGGUGACUGUGGGAAAAGCUUCAAUUUGAAGGGGAACCUAAGGAACCAUAUGCUGACUCACACAGGAGAGAAACCUUUUAGCUGUGGUGACUGUGGGAAAAGCUUCAUUCAUAGGUGGAACCUAAGGAACCAUAUGCUGACUCACACAGGAGAGAAACCAUUUAGCUGUGGUGACUGUGGGAAAAGCUUCAAUCAGAAGGGGAACCUAAGGAACCAUAAACGGACUCACACAGGACGGAAACCAUUUAGCUGUGAUGACUGUGGGAAAAGCUUCAAUCAGAAGGGGUCCCUAAAGAAGCAUACACUUACUCACACAGGAGAGAAACCAUUUAUCUGUGGUGACUGUGGGAAAGGCUUCUAUCAGAAGGGGAACCUAAGGAACCAUAAACGGACUCACACAGGAGAGAAACCAUUUAGCUGUGAUGACUGUGGGAAAAGCUUCAAUCAGAAGGGGUCCCUAAAGAAGCAUACACUUACUCACACAGGAGAGAAACCAUUUGUCUGUGGUGACUGUGGGAAAGGCUUCUAUCAGAAGGGGAACCUAAGGAACCAUAAACUGACUCACACAGGAGAGAAACCAUUUAGCUGUGCUGACUGUGGGAAAAGCUUCACUCAAAAGUCUAACUUACUGAUCCAUGUGAAAAACAUCCACAAAGGAGGAAAACGGGAUGAAACAUGAAAGAAAGAAAAUUAGGACAAAGAUCUAUUUAGUCACAAGAUGAGAAUAAAAAGGCAGGAUGUGGACAAUACUGUGAGUACACGCUCAUAGAUAGCUGGAAUAAGUCAAUGAGUCAUAUCAACUGAUGACUAAAAUAGCAGCGCAGAUGGCACUAUUUUGUGAAGUGCAGAGAUGUAUUAUAGGUAAUGAAUGUAUAGGGAACUUCUGAAAUUCUACAGAUUUUGUGGCGUAGCAGAAAGAUCAGCAUAUCCCAAACUUACAGAGAACUACACAAAGGUCCCCCAGAGAACAUUCCCAUGGGAAGUCCUAAGAACUAGUAAAAUGAAUGUCCUGAGAACAUGCUAAAAAGGUCCUGACAUGGGUCUCUGUGACGUCCUGGGAACUUACAGGAAACAAGACAAAGGUUAGUGUUUAGCUCAAAUGUUUAGCUAAAAUGGAGUUUAAAAAAUUCUGCAGUGACAAUAUGAUUACAAUUGACAUGACCACUUAGUACAGACUUUUCAAUAUGACCCCACCUGGGAUUUGAACUGACAACCUCUGGAUUUGGGAUAUGCAGAUCUUUCUGCUGCACCACAACAUCUGUAGAAUUUCAGAAGUCCCUACACAUUCAUUACCUAUAAUACAGUACCAGAGACAAGUUUGG